AUUGAUAGACACCUGUCAUUUACAAUUUUACAUAAGGACGUUCUUAGACAUAAAUAAACAUUUUUAUAGAAAACUUUAAUUUAUCAGUACUGAAGAUUUAUUCGCAACUUUCUAAACGCUUAAAAUGGACGAAUCACCAGAAAUCUUGUUAAGAAAAUUAUGCUGUACAUGUUUGAGCAAAGAUCGUAAACUUGUUCAAUUGACGAAGAUAAAAGACGGUGUAAAUAAUCUAUAUUCGUUAUUAUCCAUUGAUUCUGAGGCCUAUCAAGAAUGCUUCUACAGGGAAAUAAUGAGUUUGUUCGUAUGUUGGGAAUGCAAUGCAUUUAUACGAAGAUUGAAGUUAUUCAGGCAAAGAGCUUGCAGUGCCCAGAGGCUACUCACGGACAUAUUGGAUGGAAAAAUUGAUUUUCAAAAACAGAAAUCGCUUUCAAGUUUAAGAGUGAAUGAAAAUCUAAACAUAAUAAGUGAAAGGUAUCCGGAGGAAUGUGAAGAAUUUAUAAAUGAAGAACACUGUAUUUCAGAAUUGAACUUAGAUAAUAUGCCUCUGAAAGAUUUGAAAGGAUAUUUGAGGAGAAAGAAAUGUGGUGGAAGUAACAAACCUAGCAUCAGGAAUUUAGACGAGAAAUGCAAAAAUCAACCCUACGAUAAUCAAUGUUCGAAGAGUACUUGCAAUGUUAGUGCUUGUAUGAUGGAGUCGAAGAGAGAAGUGAACUCUGAAGGGAGUAGUAACAAUGGUGUACAGUACAAUGAGACACCAUCCAACAAUAGAUCAGUGAAAACGUCCAAGAGGAAAUUAAUCCGAACGAAGAAAGACGCGAUUAAGAAAAGUAAUUUUCAAUGCAAAUUCUGCGAGAUGUCUUUUGAGACGAAGCGGCUGAGGGUCGGGCACUCGAGGCGAGCCCACGCCGAGGGUCUGGCCUGCUCCGUCUGCGGGAAACGCUACCCGUCCAAGUACAGCCUGCUGCAGCACGAGAGACUCCAUCGUGGUCCUUUGCCGAGAGAGGAAUGUGGGGUCUGUCACAAAAUGAUCCGCGUGGAUCUGGUCAAAGCUCACGCUCGCAUUCACGAGGACAGACAGAGUUAUGAGUGUUUGAAAUGCGAUAAGAAGUAUGUCAGUAAGGCGUCCUAUGAAAAUCAUUUGAAAUUCAGCCGAGCGCACGCGGUCGUCGAUGUAUUGAAGUACAAGUGUUCUGUGUGUGAGAAAGGCUAUAGAUCCAAGGGGGAGCUCCGCGAUCAUGUAAAUUAUCAGCACUUGGGUCAGAGUCAACACAGCUGUCCAAUUUGUCAAAAGCCAUUAGCUACGCGUCGUUGCAUAACGAGACACAUCCGUCGCGCCCAUCAGAACAUAAAGGAGAACCUUCGAGAUAAAAUGUGUCAGAAAUGCGGGAAGGCUUUUCGGUACAAGAAGUCUUUGAGGGAGCACGAGCUGAUACAUACAGGCGAAAAGCCGCUGGUCUGCGGCGAGUGUGGCCGAAGAUUCAGGCAGGGGGCAGCCCUAUACACGCACUGCAGACGCGUGCAUCAGAACACACACGACAGAGCCAGACCGACGGCCUAAUUAAACUAGCCUCUCUAAUAGGGGACCACACUUGAAUCUGCCUGUACUUUUGUUCCCUACCUAUGCUGAUAGCCUUGAGAGGGUAUAUCAGCUUCGCCCUAACGUGUAGGUGAGCUCACGGGGCUAAAACCGGAGUGGAGAUAACACUGACCCUAGCAAGAGCAGUGCCUCGCAGAGUCUACCACCGGAUCGGGAACGUGACCCACUUAGAAGAUUCGGUAACUCAGUGGGCUGUGUUUGUGGGUGUGCCAGUAAAAUGAUCUUGGGCUUAAAAUACUGACGAUUCCUAUGCAGCUUCGGAUGGCAGCUUUCUUCGGACUUUGGUAGUUAGAGUCCUCGUACCGGGAAGUUCGGUUGCGUGAAGACGACGCGAAAGCGGUCAUUGCUGUGAACAGUGAGGGCUUUAAGAGGAAGCUGCGGAAUGUGGCAGGAUUGAUCUGUCAGAGUCAAAGGAUUGUAGGAGUGGGUAAUAUCGGUUUUGCCGCGUAUCGAAUCGUAUCUAUAUAUCGAGGAUCAAUAUCGGAUAUUGAAUCUAUAUAUUUUCUGAAUCUAUAUAUUGAUGGAUGCUAGUAGAUUUUCUCGAUUCAUGAUAUUUGAGAUUUGAAACGAUACGGUUGGUUUUCUGAUAUCAAUUUAUAAUAUGAUCUUAAAGUAAUAAAAAGAACAUGAAUAUAAAAAAAUCAAAAAAACUUUCCUUCAUGCUUUUACCAGGCUUAGGACUGGCUACAUUAUUUUCAGUUUUUAGUAUUUUGUGUCUUAAUUUAAAAUUACAAAAUAUACCAAAAGAGUGUAGAUUUCAAAAGUUUAAUACAAACACAAGAAAUAAACUCAAUUAUUUGGAUUCAACUAAAAAUAGAAAAAUGUGUACUUUAAAAAUCAAACACAAAAAACUUUUAAGUAUUUAUAAACACUUGUCCAAAAAUUUUAGUUCAAGGUCAAAGCGCGUGAAAUUAAAUUCAACGAUGCAAAUAGGCUAUACUGCAUUCAAGUUAGGGUCGAAAGUUGAAACUUCUUUCCUAAAUUGUAUCCUGCUGAUACGCUAAGAAUAAUCUACAGACAUAUGGACUUAAAAUAUAUAAGGUUUACAAUUGUAUGGAUAAUGCCUGUUUCUGUUUCAUUCAUCACAUGAUAUCUCUAUCGUGCGCUCACUCACUCUGGCCGAUUCGAUACGAACCAAACGAAUAUUGCUGAUAUUAACGAAUCGGUACGAUAUGCCGAUGCGCAUCACAUCGAGCAAUAUCGUGUAUCGGCUGAUAUCGAAAUAUAGAUUUCGAUUCACGAAUCGGUACGAUAUGGCGAUGCGCAUCACAUCGAGCAAUAUCGUGUAUCGGCUGAUAUCGAUAUAUAGAUUUCGUGCGGGGCGAUAUCGGAUUCAACGAUAUUGCUGCGAUAUAUAGAUAUUGAAUCUAUAUACGAUUUAUAUCACCCACUCCUAAAGGAUUGACGAAGAUAUGACCUUACGGAUAUAACUUCAAUAGUGUUACCACGGAAAUUGUCUCCGUAACGUCGGUAAUAGUAAAAUGGAAAUAAAAAUUCAAUCAAGAAUUAA